UUUCCAAGCUAAGAGUUGGAUUCUCAAUAACUAUACAAUUUAUUAUAUUUCUAAUUGUGUUUUCCCUUUUUUUUCACUAUUCUUUCAACUUAAUCUAUUUAAUUGUUUACAUUUAGGUGUUUAUAUAUAUAAAAUCAAUUUAAGACAUGGCUUUAAAACGUAUAAAGAAAGAAUUGGAAGACUUGAAAAGAGAUCCACCAGCCCAAUGUAGUGCUGGACCUGUUGGUGAUGAUUUGUUUCAUUGGCAAGCAACUAUAAUGGGUCCUCCUGAUAGUCCUUAUCAAGGCGGUGUUUUCUUCCUAACUAUUCAUUUCCCUACGGAUUAUCCUUUUAAACCACCCAAAGUAGCUUUCACAACGCGAAUAUAUCAUCCUAAUAUAAACAGUAAUGGGUCUAUUUGUCUGGAUAUACUGAGGUCACAAUGGUCUCCUGCUUUAACUAUAUCUAAAGUACUGCUAUCAAUAUGCUCCUUAUUAUGUGACCCUAACCCGGAUGAUCCGCUUGUACCUGAGAUCGCCAAGCUUUAUAAGACAGACAGGGAGAAGUAUAAUGAGAUGGGACGAGAAUGGACAAGAAAAUAUGCCAUGUGAUGUUGAUUAGGAUAAACGAACACCACUGAUCAGUCUUAAUUUUCUCCUUUCUUUCUCUCUUUCUACCCUCUUUUUUGUCUCUCCUUCUCAUUCUAUCUUUCUUUUUUUCUCUCUUUUCUGGUCUUCUCUUCCUCAUCUCUUUCUACCUCUCUUUCUCUCUCUCUCUUUCUCUUUUUUCUUUUUCUUUCUCUAUCUUCCCUUUAAACGCUUCUUUCUAACCCUUUUUUCUCACCGUCGCUUUACUCUCUUGUUCUUCAUUAUUUCUGCUUCUCUAUCUGUAUUUAUCACUAUCAAUUCAAUAUACAAUUCAGAUUAAAAACAGAUUAGAUCAAUUA